AAUGUUUUGAAAAUAAUGAUUAAAUUUGAGCCCUUGGUGGCGCUAAAUAUACACCGACAAAACUGUAGAGGGCAGCAAACAGCCGACCAGAGAAAGCGAGAGCGCGGAGAAAAAAACUUGCUGAAGAAAUACACAACUGUGUUGUUCACAUUGACCAUGAGGUUGUCAGCAAUGCCCAGUGACGCUGGUUAUGGAGAACAGGAGCAAGAUGCUAAUACGGCACUGUUGGAGCUUGAUAAAGGUCUACGAUCUCUCAAAGUGGGGGAACAGUGUGAGGCCAUAGUGCGUUUUCCUCGGCUGUUUGAGAAGUAUCCGUUCCCUAUCCUCAUCAAUUCUGCCUUCUUGAAGCUUGCUGACGUCUUCAGGGACGGGAGUAACUUUCUGCGUCUGUGCGUGGUGAAGGUUGCACAACAGAGCCGGCUCCAUUUGGACAAGAUACUCAACGUGGAUGAGUUCGUCCGGCGAAUCUUUUUUGUCAUCCAUAGCAACGACCCUGUUGCCAGGGCGAUAACCCUCAGAGUCUUGGGAAGUAUCGCAGGCAUCAUUGCCGAGAAGAAGAAUGUACACCAUAGCAUUCACAAUGGUCUGGAUUCCCACGACAGGGUAGAGCUUGAGUCAGCCAUCUAUGCUGCCUCCUGCUUCUCUGCUGAAUCAAGAACGUUUGCCUCAGGGAUCUGUCACAAGCUAGCCGAGCUGAUCCAGGGACUGUCCAUUCCAGCCGAGAUCAAGCUGAAGCUCAUCCCGAUCUUCAAGCACAUGCACCACGACACUCCCUCGGCGGCCUUUGCCCGCCAGCUCUGCCUGGAUCUCCUGCCGUCCUACCCAGCCAAGAGCUUCCUGACCAUCACGCUGCGGACUUUAUCACAGCUGGCCGCUGCUUCACUGGUUCAUAUUCCAGAUCAGGUUGGUCUUCUUUUGGGCUAUCUAUGCCAUGAUCCCCGCAUAGCCGUUCAGAUGACCUGCGUACAGGACUUGUGCCUCUUGGCCAGGAAGGCACCUCACAUGUGGACUGGCGACAACCUCUCUACUCUGACCCAGCAGUGCCAGGGUCGCGAGUCAACAACCUUGCUGGCCAACCGACUCAGAAUCCUGGCCAUUCUCUUUGCCACGCCGGCCCUGUUGUUGCAGGAACAAGUUGAGGCCAUUGCAACCCUCUGUAGCACCCUGAGUCACCACUGGGACGUGAGCGUCGCGGCAACGGCCAUCCAGAUAAGGACCCUUCUGGCCAAAUGGGGGAAUGCUGGCCCUGGUUUCCAUGACAACCGAGAAUCCCUCGUCCUCUCGUACAUGGCGAUAGCAUCGGCAGCUCAGAAUGUUGUCAUACAGUGCUUGGCCGAGGAAACAAGGACAUCAGUACAAGCCCUCAAGGUCGUGCUGGGCUGUGUCCGUGAUUUGAGUGAGAGGUGUCCAGAGGCCCUACCAGCAUUGAUCAACACACUGACCACCGCUCUGACAUCCACCUCAGGGGAGAGCAGUUUGGCAUUGUGCCAAUGUCUUGUGUCUCUUGGGGAAUCCCGACCGGAGGAUCUAUUCACCCAUCACCUGCCGAUCCUACAACAACUGUACGCUGAUGCCCUCCAUCAGGAGCAAGCUCAGGGCGACGGGAGAAACAACAGCGUGAAACACGAUAUGCUCGUUGGCUUAGCAAUGUUGCUGCUGCUAGCCGACAGGAAGGGCCGAUCCUGCCAGAGCAUCAGUCAGAAUAUCCAGAGAUUAGUUGAUCACUACCCGUGGCCAGCGUACCGCAUUGCGCACCAAGCAACAAGACUGAAUUGCCAUGAAACUGCAGCGGAAAUUUUUGUCAAGCUAGCAACACAGGUUGCCUCUGAGCACUACUACUACUGGCUGUGCGGCUUGGAGCAGUUCUGCCUGGGAGAGACCUGCCUCGCAGACAUCACUGAGAAGCCUGACAAUCUCAUGCCUUGCCUAGCCAAGGCCUUGCAACACUAUGAAAAAGGCUUGUCCAAUCUCAAGGCGGCCUCGACGCCCUCCCACCCUCUCCUGUUCCACUGUGACUACAUGAGGCUGCGGGCAGAUAUGCUGCAUUCCUGUCUGCUCCUACUGUCCUGCCUAGCAACCAUCCGGACCUGCCCGCCUCCCGCUAUUGCACCGGCUGUUGCCUUGACGAUGGGCCAGGAGCUGCUGAGAUGUGGGCACAUGGCAACAGAGAUGCAGCAAUGUGCGACACAGGUCCAACAGUUGAGUGUCCGUUAUGCUCGGCUGUACCAGACUUCCUUUGAUGCUGAUCCCGACUCGCUCAGCAAGAUCAAAUUAAUUCAACAACAGUGUUUGUUGCUUGGUCAUGCCAUUGACUGCCUCAUCCUCAACAAUCCAGCCUACAGUGGCUCCAAGCAGUGGAAUCUCCUGGGUAGCUGUAAUGCCGUGGAGGGCUCAACAGGAACCAACAAGCAACAAGCCAAAAAGCAGCUACAGUUGACGGACGCCAUCUUGAAAGAUCUGCAGAACGUUCUAGCGCAGACGGACGGACAGUCUAUUUCUCAUCAGCAUGUGAAUUGCCUAAUUGAGGCCUGUGCAGGGAUGAUGCGAUUGCCUUUUGGUUUUCCACGCUACUUCUUCCAGGCGUUACAGUCAACCAGCAUCAAGCUUGCUUUGUCACCAACUGCACGUAAUCCAAAUGAACCUGUAUCAUUGGCUACGGACACGCACUUGGCUAUGAAGGUCGAAGGUGUUAUACAGCAUGGUAGCAAACCCGGCCUUUUCCGCAAGGUGAGCAAGGUGAAGCUGGUGGUUACGUCAUCCUGCGCGACUGCCAAGACUACAGCUGUUGGCAAGUCCAGUGAGUCUGACGGUGGGACCAGUGAAGGUACGUGGUCGGUGGAGCCCCACCACGACUACUUCAGCAUCCAGAUCCUGCUGUCGCUGCCCGUGGUCGGUACCCACACCAUCAACGUAGAGGCCAGCGUGGUGGACAGCGACGGCAGCUGCUGGCAGACCGGUCCCAAGCUCAGUCUGCUGGUCAAGACGUAUGAGGAGUUCUCCUUGCAGCAGCGACAGCAGCAGCAGCAGCAGCAGCAGGCCACUGGGACCAGAUGAGCGUUGGUGGGUUGUUGCCGGCAAGCAGAGAUGACUGGUUCACACUCGUUCACACUGUUUGUGAAUACUAAAGGUGUAGCUGUUGAGCUAUAUUUCUUCAAAUCAUGGUUUGAGGCAAAGUAUUGGAGAAUUACUAGUCCCAUGGUGUGGGUGAUUUUGACUCAUGCACCGCCUUAUGCAAAGAGGAUUCCUAUCCAUUAUCAAAGUCCAAUUGCAUUAAGUGAAUUGGAAUUUACGCCUCAUUUCAGUAUACAUGUAUUUGUCAGACUCAAAAAAAUGACUCGGGGGGGGGGGGG